AUUGCGGAGUACAGCCUUUUCAGACCUGCGUGACUUGACUUUGAACCUUUGCGACUCUCCCUGCCACAUAUUGUACCAUCACAAAAAAGGAUCUGAAGACUCUUACCAUACGACCUCGCGCCAGGAUGUUACAAUAGCCACCAUAACCAACGAAUUCCGCCUUCAUCUCUGCCUCCGUUCCUGUCCUGAACUGUAAACGGUGUCCAAGGGGAUUGAGCGAGACCGAUAAAAAUGGUGGGCAAGAAAAGUGGAAAGGCCCUCCUGCGGGAGGAAGGCCUGGAGAGAACUGAUAACAACAUGGAGCUCACAUCUUGGCCUAUCAUCCAAGCCAUAAAUCAAAAAAACUAUUACACAGACUAUCUCAAGCGAGACGAACAAAUACUGGCCUUCCGGUCGCAGCAGGAAGAAGCACGCAACAAAAUGGUGAAACAAGCCAAAGACAGGGACAGGGCACUGGCACAAGGCAAAACAGUUGGGCCCGAUGGGGAUAUCGAAAUGGACGAUGGGGAGGAGGAGGCUGAAGACGAAGCUGCAAGCGGAGCGAAGACCAUCGUUAUUCAUAUCGGAUCCCAGAAUCUAAGAGUCGGUCUCGCCAACGACGCCCUCCCAAAGACUGUCCCUAUGGUCAUCGCUCGCCGGUCUGAGAAAUCUGAGAGCGAGGAGGGAGAUGGAGAACCAGCGCCCAAAAGAGCCAAGUUAGACAACGGCUUACCCCCACCGGAACCAGAGAAGCGUUUUGGCGAGGACUUUGCAAAGAAAUUCUCGGGAAUGUCUCAGGAUCUUAAAGUGCGAAUGAGGAUGAACAAGAGAAAGGUGCUGCCGCAGUCCAGAGACAUGGUCACCAGCUACAACCGAAGAAACACAUACGAAACUAUCACCGAGCACAAUGACACCAUGCGUAUCGAGUGGACAGAUACAAACGAAGGUUUCGGUGGUCCUCCCGAGUAUAUCACAGGGAAAGCCGCUCUUCGCAUCCCUGAUCAAUCAAGCCCGCGGUAUAAACUAUUCUGGCCCAUUCGAUGUGGCUGGAUCAACGAGCAAGACUACGACUCGAAACGCUUCUUGUAUGAUGAUAUCCGCAUCAUCAUCGAAGACGCCAUCAAGACUCAACUCGAACUCAAACUCCGUACGCGGGAAGACUGGAACCAGUAUAGCUGCGUCAUAGUUAUUCCCGACUACUACGAAAGGACAUACGUGACGAGUCUGCUUGAAAUGGCCAUCACCGAGUUCGGAUUCGGACGCGUCUGCUUCAUCCAGGAGAGUUUGGCCGCUUCCUUCGGGGCUGGUUUCACGACGUGCUGCAUUGUCGACAUCGGCGCGCAAAAGACAACAAUAUCUUGUGUGGAAGACGGAAUGGUCAUUGACAACUCCCGAGUCAACCUGAAAUACGGCGGAAGGGACAUCACCGAAACUUUUGUUAAGAUGAUCAUCUACAACCACUUUCCUUACUCAGAGAUCAAUUUAAACCGGCGAUAUGACUUUCAGCUGGCAGAAGAGCUGAAGCAGAAGUUUUGCACCAUGACCGAGGCAGAUGUGUCGGUGCAGCUGUAUGACUUUCACCUGCGUGCGCCGGGGCAAGACACCAGGAAGUACACAUUUAAGAUCUACGAUGAAGUCAUACUUGCGCCGAUGGGACUCUUCAGGCCACAAGUCUUUGAUAAUAGUGGGAAGCUCAAGGGCCGUCGUAAACUUGUCGACAAAUCCUACGACAUCUACGACAACAAACCAAAUGACCCGAGCUCCACCGCGCAAGCGGAGAUACUGACAGCCAUUGCUCCGGAAGAAGUCCUCACCUCGACAAACAAACCCGCCCCGAAGACCAAUGGACACACGAAUGGCGUUCUCACUAAUGGAGCUGCGACAAAAGAUGAGGCCUUCAACAACGACUCCCGCCGUCCAUCCUUUAGCAAUAUCAAAGAAAUGGACGCCACGCCACAACCCUCGGCUGCAAGCUCUCCCGCUCGCAAUCUGCCAGAUGAUACUCCUCAACCUGGGGAGGAGAAUGAAGGCGGUGCUCCACGCGACGAGAAACCGCCGGUCCCCGAGGUGGAGGAAGAAGAACCCCUCUCCAUCGAACGGCGCGAUGACAUUCUCCCUGUCUACCCUCUCCCUAACGCAAUCGUCACGUCAAUUACUCACGCAGCUAGAGGCUCCUCGCAGAAGACGUCCGAUCUCCUCUCUGGGAUCAUGCUUACGGGUGGCACAUCUAUCACUCCCGGACUGGGCUCGCAUUUAGAAGAAAGUUUGAAGGGAAUAUUACCCGGCUACAGCAAGGACAUUCUGAUCGGGCGCCCACCCAGGGAACUGGAUCCGCAAGUAGUGGCGUGGAAGGGCGGCGCUGUCUUUGGCAGGAUGAGUCGCACUAAUGAUUCAUGGAUCAAUGCCUUUCUAUAUGAGAGGCUGGGUGAGCGGAUACUGGCGCAUAAAUUAAUGUGGGCAUGGUAGCCUGUGGUGGUGAUUGUCAGCCUACUCGGUUUCUUUCGUGGUGGCGGCGGCGAUGUCAUUUACAGCGACAUGUUGGUGAAUCUAUUUGAUGAGCAUAGGGACGGUAUGCUUACGGGCGUGUAUCAGAUCAUUGCCCUUUGUUUUCGUGGAGGUUUCGCUUCCAAAGGCAUCCGCUUGAGAACUCUGAUGACCAGUGGCGGUCAUUCUUUUGAUUUAUGAUCAAUCCGAGUCCAUUGGCUAUCUGUCUGAGAAAGAUGGGCAUAAAGUCAUCUAGGGUCUGAACUGGCCAGUUGAUGACAAAACAAGUAUUCGACCAGACAAAAAUGAUCGCAAUUCCCAGGUCUCGAGCGUCGUGCCCUAAAGCUUUACCUCUCAGAAUUUCUGCUUCAACCAACCUACCAGAGCCUCUCCAAACUCCUUCGGCUUGUCCAAAUGAGCCCAAUGUCCCGAAUCCACCACGACUUGGGUGCUGUCCGGGAUCAAGCCAGCAUCCAGACUCAUCUGCAGCAACUCGGGCCUGCAAACCAUAUCCCUGUUGCCACCCCAGAACAAGAGCGGGCAUUUGACGGGGAUGUUCUCCUUGGGGAUGUGGGCGUUUGCCUGGUCCUGCACGCCAAACACCAUGGAGCGGUAAUAGUUCAGCGGCGCGUCGAAGCCGCCUUCCUUCAUAGAGGCGAUCCACUUCUGCUUGCGCUCCUCGGUCGCGUAGGCCAUCGUGGGCUGCCUCUUAUCGGCGAGAAGGAAGCUUCUGACCCCGUCGGGCUUGCACAGUGUCUCGAGCCACGUCUCGGGUUCGCCGUGCGCGACGUCCCACAUGGGCUCCAGGUGCGCGUCCAUGACCUGUGCGCCGUCGUCGGCGGUGAACAGCUUCCAGUACCAGUAGGUGCCGUAGCCGAAGAUUCCUUUGGUGAGUUCGAGAGUGUUGUCGAGGUUGAACGGUUCGGCUGGUGGGGGCAUGUAGGCGACGUUCAGGAGGACCAGGCCGCAACAUCGGUCGGCGUGGAAGUUGUAGAAGCGUUGAACGACACCGGAGCCCUAUUGAGGUUUUCGUGAGCAUCAGAAUGAAAAUUUGGGUUGACCAAGCUGGGUGACAACGGAGCGCUGUUCAGGAAGAGAAGAGCCGUUCCUAGCGAGACUUACCCAGUCAUGGCCCAGGGGAAUGACCUUGUCGAGUCCUUCCUUGUCAAUGAUCUCUUUGAGGUCCUGGGACAUCAACUGCAUGUUGUAGGAUUCCUUGUCG